CAGCGCGCACGCCCAGCGAGCUCCAGAGGCGCCAGUGGAAGCUGCGGCGGUGUCUCGCGUUCGGCGGGAUUUCUCUUCGCUCCAACUCGGCCUAGGUCUGCGUCCCCAGCUCCAACCGCCGGCUCGGACUCGGUCUCUGACCCCAACUCGGUCCCCUAGCCCGGCCCCGGCUCCGGGCCCCCCAACCCUCGCUCCGGCCCGGCCCGGCCCCCACCCCAGCCCUGCCGCCCGGCCCCAGGCCCGGCCGCGGCCGCUCCCGCCUGGAGCCGCCGCGCGCCCCCAGCCCCCCUGCACCCCCUCGGCCCCUCGCCUUCCUCUUCCCGGCGCGGCCCCCCGGCUUCCGCGCGCCGCCCGCCACCAACCCGCUUGCUACCAUGUCUGUGGAGCUCGAGGAGGCCCUGCCGGUAACGACCGCCGAGGGGAUGGCCAAGAAGGUGACCAAGGCUGGCGGCUCGGCGGCGUUGUCCCCAUCUAAGAAGAGGAAGAACAGCAAGAAGAAGAAUCAGCCGGGCAAGUACAGCCAGCUGGUGGUGGAGACCAUCCGCAGGCUGGGCGAACGCAACGGCUCGUCGCUAGCCAAGAUCUACACCGAGGCCAAGAAGGUUCCGUGGUUCGAUCAGCAGAACGGGCGCACCUACCUCAAGUACUCGAUCAAGGCGCUGGUGCAGAACGACACGCUUCUACAGGUGAAGGGCACCGGCGCUAACGGUUCCUUCAAGCUGAACCGCAAGAAGCUGGAGGGCGGCGGGGAGCGGCGCGGAGCCCCGGCGGCCGCCACCGCCCCGGCGCCCACCGCGCACAAAGCGAAGAAGGCGGCUCCAGGCGCGGCCGGCUCCCGGCGCGCGGACAAGAAGCCCGCCAGGGGCCAGAAGCCGGAGCAGCGCUCGCACAAGAAGGGCGCUGCCGCCAAGAAGGACAAAGGCAGCAAGGCCAAGAAGACGGCGGCCGCCGGGGGCAAGAAGGUGAAGAAGGCGGCCAAGCCCAGCGUCCCCAAAGUGCCCAAGGGCCGCAAGUGAGCGUGCCGGCUGAUCAGAGCGGCCGGCGUGGGCUUUUCAGUGUUUUUGUUUUUCUACCCCAAGUGACGUAGAUUUUGUACGGCUCGCCCUGGCCGGGGCCGCGGGGCCUGGUGUGAGCCUCAGGGAGGGGCCCCAGGUUCUCUCUGUCUUUCCCCUCCCCCAACGAUGUAGCGUUUUUCGUUGUUUGCUUUAGGUUUUUGAAACAGCCCUGGCGACGCCUCUAUUGGCUCUCGGCCUUGGCAACGGUCGUCGUCAUGGUUACUGGCCCUUAGGCGCUGGUGGCCGAGGCCGCGCCUGCCCACCGGGCGGGGGCCGCUGGUUGGCCGGGCCCAGGCGCGCGGGGACGCGGAGGCCGCGCAUCCCUUCCCGGCUCCCCACCCUCCCUGCUUUUGGGUGCGCGACAAACAAUCGCUUCGGGCUCAGGGCUGCGCGGCGCUUCCCUUCAUUCCAUGGGCCUAUUUUUGGGCACAAUAAAGCGUUUAAACCUUUCA